AUGACGACAAAUGAGCUGCCAGCCCUAAAAAUUUAUUGGGAUGGUACAAUAUUAUCGACUCCGGGUGGAGUUGAUUAUGUUUCUGGUAAAUCAGAACUGGUUGAGCUAACGAGUGUAGUGAAUUUUGCACAACUACAAGUCGUAAUUAGAAGGGUAAUUGGGCUGAAGGAUGGUGACGAGAUAGUGAAGAUUUAUCUACGAGUGCCUCGGUUCGAUGAACAUGGAAGAUUUCAAAAAUAUGAUGGUUUUCCUAUGGAGACAGAUGUUCAUAUGCAAGCAAUGUGGCGUAACGUUUCGCGGACGCCACAAAUGAGGGUACUUGAAUUUUAUAUUGUUUACAAUCCGUUAUCUCAAGUACGUGCGGAUGGAGACGACUGUGCGGAUGUAGACGACUCUGUGGAUGUAGACGAUUGUGCGGAUGUAGACGACUGUGCAGAUGUAGACGAUGGUGAUGAUUUUAGUGAUGAGGAUGAGGAAGAAGAACACUUCUACGGGGCCGUUGCUGAUGACAACGAGGAUGAUGAUGAUGAUGACAUCGGUGGUGAUAAUGGAGAUGGCACCCAUGGUGAGAAUGUCGGUGGUGGGUCGGAACAAAAUACAGAUCAUUUUGAGUCGCGCCUUCCUCAUGAGUACACGCAUCAGAAUGUUGACGACAUGUGUGUCAAUAUGAAUCUGUGGCCUAAAGAAAAUGCAAUAUGGGAAGCAGGCAAAGAGUUUGAAUUGGGGAUGGUUUUUAGUUCGAGGUAUGCUGUCCAGACAUGCGCGGCGAGUUAUCACAUUGCAGCUAAUAAAGAAUACAAGAGCAGUGUAACAAAUGGUAAAACAAUAGUUCUUGUGUGUGUGAACAAUGACACUUGCAAUUGGAGGUUGCGUGCGUCGCUUUUGAAAGGCGAGUCGGACUGGAUAAUAACAAGAUAUAACGGCCCCCACCAAUGCAGCGGCCAAUCAAUGAACCAAGACCAUCGCAAUUUAAGAGCGCGGCAGAUAGCUGAACACAUCGACACGCAAUUGCAUCUGCAACGUGACAUUAGGAUUAAAACGCUUCAAGAGGGCAUUUUUCAAAAAUUGCGAGUUAGGCCCGGAUACAAAAAAACAUGGUAUGCCAAGGAAAAGGCCAUUGCAAACAGGUUCGGACAAUGGGACGACUCUUUCAAGGAGAUUUGCAAUUUUAUGACGAAUGUCACCGUUGCUAAUCCCAGGACAGUCUGGCAUGCUACCGGUACACCAAUUGAAAACAAUCCACAAUUCAGAACUUUCAAGCAUAUGUUUUGGACUUACGAGCCAGUGGUGAAGGGUUUUCAGUAUUGCAAGCCUGUGGUGUACAUCGACGGCACCCACACAUAUGGAAAAUACGAAAUGACUUUGUUGAUUGCUUCUGCAAUUGAAGGGAACAAUCACAUCAUGCCGAUAGCUUUUGCCAUUGUGAAGUCGGAAACUGCCGCAUCCUGGAGGUAUUUCAUGAGGAUGUUAAAGAGGUAUGUUUUGGGUGAGCGAAAGGUGUGUAUCAUAUCUGAUCGCGGCUCCGGUAUUAUGAGUGCCAUGGAGGGGCCUGAGUGGGCGGGUGAUACCCACAAGUGGUGUAUUAGACACCUAGUGAGCAACUUCCACAACGCCUUCAAGAAAAAAUAUCUCAAAAAGCUUGCUGAAAAAGCUGGACGCGCAUACCAAGAGCAUAAAAGAGAUCGGUACAUGUCAUUGAUAGAGGCGGAUUCACCUGAGGGUUAUGCGUAUCUUGACCGCCUUGAUGUUAGAAAAUGGAGCAUGAGUGGCGACACGUCUGGAAUGCGGCAUGGUGUGAUGACAACAAACUACGCUGAGUCGGUCAACGCGAUGUUAAAGAACAUUCGGGGGCUCCCUAUCACAGCCAUGUUAGGGCAUUACUAUUACGCGGGGUCCAGCUCUGCAUCGCCACCCUUUUCAUCGGGUCCUCCUUCUUCUUCUGGCCAGUUUUACGGGGAUUCAGCACAUCACUAUUUUCAGGGGUCGUGUUCAUAUGCAGUGCCACCAGGACCUUCUUCGCCUUUUGUUCCUCCGCCGCCUGCUUAUGUACCACCUACGGUGCCUCCUUUUCAGGUGCAGUGGGAUCAGCCUACACAGGGUACACAGGACUUUCCAGCUUCACAGGGACUUCCACAGACACCUGGGACUACAGACUUUCUGUCAUAUGGUAGCAGUUGGUUAGGUCUAGACAGCAUGGAGGCGAUGAUGUUCCGCCAACAAGAAGAAUUUGUUACCCCGCCACCAGCAACGACGAGUACGGCCAUUCCCCAGGACCAGCAGGGUGACGACGGAGCCGACGACGAGGACGCCGAUGCAGGAGAGGGUGAUGGUGAUGGUCGCCCAGGUCGACGUUACCUCACCAUCAGUACAGGCCGUCGGGCGAACCGUAACAGAAACAACUUGCGCUCGAACCUCCCGGUCACUAGUAGAUAUGACGAUAGGACUCCUAGGUGA